AUGCGAAAUCCGAUAGUAAGCGUUCAUGACGUCAGCUGUGGCUAUUACACCAGAGAUCAGCCUGCAAAGUUUCCUUCUAGAUUAGCUGCGAGUUUCAAAACAAUCAAGAUAGAUUCACGAGACCUUGCAGCCCGCAAUGUUUUAGUUGGAGAGAGAGAGAAAGGUGUAAAGUGACAGACUUUGGGAUGGCCAGAGAUGUCCAGCAAGAAAAUAUCUAUGAACGAAAGACGAAGGUAAUCCAACAAUUUAUACUAGUAUUACAUCAACUAUCAACGUCUUUGAUUUGUCGCCUUUUAUAAAUUUGGACCUGUUUCACAAAGUAUGUUUGAAAUAUUUAGGGUCGCCUUCCGAUGAAGUGGACAGCUUAUGAGGCGUUGUUGUAUGGAAGAUAUACCACCAAAAGUGAUGUGUAAGUACAUCAUUACCCAUAGCAAUGAAUUCUAGCAUUUAUUUUCCAACAAACUUUCUUUUAUGGAAAUGAAUUUCAUUCAUGAUAAUUUGUCUAUGUCUUCAAUUAUCUAAGUUACAUACGUUUGAUUUGCCUGUCUGUAGAUGGAGCUAUAGAGUUGUGCUUUUCGAGAAUUUCACUAUAGGUAACAUCCAAUGAACGUUUGACUCUGUAGAUAUUUCUUUAUACCGGUUUGAUUUAACAACUUCUACUGUUUAGGUAAACAAACGUAAUGAGUUUUCCCUUGCAGAUUCUUACUUCAUCAAGUGACAGUGGUGAUGAUAAAGUGAAGGUCGUUGUUUUGUAACAUUUAUAUUUCGAUGGUGUUGUGGUUCUCCGUCAGGUGGUUCACCUUAACCAAGAAUGGACGGAAAAAAAUUGCAAACGUACUUCAGGAGGGAUACAGGAUGCCUAA